AUGGAUAAAAAAAAUUUAAAAGCACCUCAAUAGCAAGGAGCUUAAGGUUAAAAAGCAGCUCCUUAGGGUUAAGAGCAAGCAGUGGCAAGAUAAGGAGUUAAAUUUGCAGAUCAAAAAAAUAGGUAGGGAAAUUUACUUCAACCUGCUAUUAAUGAAGAUAUUCCUCUUGACAUUUCAAAUCUUAAGUAUAAGAAUGCUAAUGAUACUUAAGAAUAUUGUCUAGAUGUUUUUAAUUAAGUAGAAAUAAGCUUUAAAAAAUAUUUGGAAAAUGAUCCAAAAGUCAAAAGAAAAGAUACUGCAAAAGCACUUAAGUCUUUAUUGGAUAUGUUAAAAAAAGUUUUAGCAUAAUUAAACUUAGGAACGUUUGAAGAUAAGGUUAAAAAUUACUAUCUAACUUAUAAUGCAACAAUUUAUGUGAUCGAUAUUUGCUAAUUUUUGCGCAAAAGUGUUUAUUCGGCACUUUGUGUUGAUUAUAUUGCCUUUUGCAUAGUUUCAUUAGAAGGCAAUAUUAUUCUUAUUAGAGUUAAAUAUAUUGAGUGGAGAGUUAAAAUGUAUAUUGAGCUCGCAAAUGUUUAUAAUGAAUGCGGAUCUAUUUCUGCUGCAAGUAAAACAAUUGAACUUGCUCUAAAUAAGGUAUUAGAAUCAAAAGCUUUAGAAGAAAAAGACCCACCUCUUCCUGAUUACAUGCAAAAACUUUUUACUAAUAAUUUACGUAUCUUAAGAUCACUUGAUUUAAAAUAUAAAUUACAGAGCCAGACAUUAAAUGUUGAAGCUUGGAAAAAGAAAGUAGAAGAAGUGUUUGCUGAUGAUCCUGAAGGCAAAUGCAUAGCCGUUGUAGAGUCAUUAAGGUGUAAUAACUCAAAAUUUUCAAAUACAGUAGAGAGAAAGGGAGCAUAGUUUAGCUGGAAAGAAGGAGCACUGUAAGCUAGUUACGAUAUUUUUAAGUAAGAUAUUGACUUAGUAGUAUUAGCUCUUGAAUAGUAGAAUAAAAAAAUUGAAAGAGAAAUAGAGGCCUCUAAAAUAAACUUUUCUAAUCUGACUCAAGAAUAAAAAGUUGAGUUGAAGUAAAAAAAUGAUGAGUUUAAUUCUGGAUUAGUCAAAGAAAAAGAAUGGAAGAAAGCUUCAGCCAGAAUUCCUUUAGAAUAUCACAUUGAGUUGAUUCAUUAUGCUUAUGAAGUUAGAAACGAACAAGUAUUUGAUGAACUCACCAGAACAGCUUUAGUUAGAACUACUUUUAGAAGGCUUGAAGUGCCAUAUAUUGUUGACAUAGAUAUUAUAGCUGAUUAUGAUCCGAAUCCAAAUAUUCCUAAUGGUUACGAAAGAAUUCCUAUAGAUAUAAAUGAAGCAUCUUUGAGAAUGGAACUAAAGAAAUUGCGUAAUAAAAAUAAAGGAAAUAAAGGAGGCGCUUCUUAAUAAACUGAAAAAAAAGAAGAAGAAAAGAAAGAUGAUAAAAAGAAGAAUGAUAAAGCAAAUGCAUAGAAGGGAGGAUAAGCUACAAAUGCAGUUUCAGCUUAAUAAAAUUAGUAACAAUUAAGACUAGCUAGAGGUAUCGAUGCUACUCCUGAAGAAUUAGCAGAGAUAAAUCAUGUUUAUGUUUACUUAGUAAUAAAAAGAAGUGCUAAUCCAGAGGGCGCAAUAUAUGAUAUGGAUAUUAUAAUGUAUGAUGAAUAGGAUGAAAGGGGACCAUAUUAGAAAAUUAAAGAAGGAUGGAAGGCAAUAGCUAUUCCUGUUAAGUAAUACACAGGUGUUUAAGAAACUACUCACAAUAUUCCCUAUCUACUUAUCAAACACAGUGCAGAAUCUCUUAAAAAUGAAGAUGAAAAAAUAACUCUUAUUAGUGAUGUGAGACCACUUUUCGGAAGAAAUCCUCUAAUUCGCCCAGAUGUUGGAUUUAAUAAAAUAGAAUGUGACUUACGAUAGGUACCUAAAGAAUUUAUCCGUUCUCCAAAUAUGGAGUAUGUUUACUUAACAUUUAAAAAAGAAGAUUUCUUCUUUGUUAACGAAAGAGAGUUACUAAUAAUGGUGAAUUUUAUGAACCUCGAAAGAACUUUUGGCCGUGAUUAAAUAAAAACUCUUGAGGAUGAAAAGAGAGUUGAGCUUGAUCUAGUUUAUGAUAUAAAUAAGCUUGAAGAAUUAAUAAAAACAGUUAAAGAUACACUAGUUGGGCCAUUAGGGUAGCAAUUUUAUGUGGAAAGAAAAGACUUUCUUUGCAAUUUAGCAUUCUAUAUUUGGAAUAAAUAUAUUACAAGUUAAUUAUAUUAAAUUGAAUUCGUUUACGAAUAGCGUUUGUGUGAAGAAAUUACUGAUAAGAUAUAUGAACAAUAUAGAGAAUUAAUUGUAAAGUCAAGACCAGUUUUCACAGAAGCAUUAAAAGUAUUUAACAAAAUUAUGCUUAGAAAUCCUGAAGCUGAUAUCUUAUGGGUUUCGAAAUAUAAUAUUGAACUUACAAGACUAUUAGAAGAACAGGAAGAAUUUAAGUAGGCUAGUCAGAAUUUAAGAGAAUGUUUACAGCGUAUUGUGGCUUACAGAGAUUAGUUUAUGGAAAGAGGUGUAGAGAGUUAAAGAGAUAAAUUCCUUCCUUUUACAAUAACUUGCAAUAAUAGAAAAAUCAAGGAAACUAUUUAAAAAAUGAAAGAAAGCUAUGUAGAAACAAAGAAUAAGUUAAAUGCUUAAAUUCGCUAUAAUAAAAGACUUAAAACAGCUCAAAAUGCUGGUAAGAAAUUUGUAGAUUUAGAAAAGGAUGAGUAAAAAGAAGAAGAAUACGAAAGUCUUUCUGCUAAUUGGUAGUAUUUGCAGGAUGAUAAUACUGACUCUCAUUAUUUUAAGGCUCUCGAAAAUUUGUAAGGUUUCUCUGAAACAGAAAUGCUUAUCAAUGCUUUACAUGCUGAUAUUAUUAUAAAUAUAUUCCGUUGCGAAUUAAAGCUUGGUCGUUAACAGUUUAAAGUAGCUACUCAAAAAAGUAAAGAUGUGAAGGCAACGCGUUAAGAAAAUAAGUACAUGACAAAAUCUUAAGCUCAAAGAAUCAACAAUAUUCCUUUAAAUGAAGAUUAUGGAAAUCUUCCUGAUAAAGAUAAAUUAAAGGCAACUAUGAUUUAAGGUGAUACUACCAAGUAAGUUAAAUCAGAUUAUGUAGAAUUAAAGACCGAGCUUUAAAAUGCAGGAUAACUUGAGCCUCCUAAACCUUAAAUGCAAAGCUAUGAAGAUAAUUUGAUCAAUGAAUAAAUGGCAAAUCCUUAUACUCUUUCACUUUUGUAUAUGAUGAUUGCCUCAAACAAAAUAAAGUAACCUGAGCAAUAAUACCUUUUAUAAAAGGCAUUUUCAUAUAUAAAAGAUGCUGAAUAAAUGGAAAGCCUUCACACAGAUAAUUGCAUAAAAGAUUCCAUCUAUAUUUUCUCCACACUACUAGACAAUUAUCAAACAAACUAAAAUUGGUCAAAGUAUUUCCCAUUCGAUCAUCUUUACAAAUCACUUUACAUCUAAAAGUCUAACAAACCUAGAAAGCCAAUUUUGAUUUGUAGAAACUCAACUUCAAUUACUUUCAAACUUCCACCAUUCGCUCCUCAGCUAACUGAAAUGGAGGCAAACAAAAAUCCUAAAAAAUUAGAUAUAAAAAAGAUGGCUAUUUUUGGCAAAAAAUCAGAAAACGGAGUUGAUGUUUCUAAUGCACAAAGAGACUUGUAUAACACUGGCCUCAUGCAAGAAAUUGGUGCUGUCUUAACAAUUAAACAUCUUGUUUAAAAUGAAAAGUAUUGCUUUGCUGUUGAAGCAUAUGAUGCUAAUGAAGAAGCUAGUUAAAUUGGUGAAACUGGUGAAGAUGUUCUUUGUCUACAUCCUUUACCAAUAAAUCUAUUGAGUAGUUAUCUUGCUAAACAUGCCUAUCAAAUGGGAGAUUUUAAGAGGGCAAAAGAAGCAGCCAACCACACUUUUUCAUACUUUACUGAAAAAUCUGAAUUUAUUGACAGACAUCUAGAUUAUUAAUAAAACAGUCUCUAUUUAUACAGAUUAAAGUAGCAGGCAAUUCAAGAAGUUAGUUUCAUAGAACUUUAAGCACUGACUGAAACCUUUAUUAUUAAAGCAAGAUGCUUGAAGAGAGAUUAUUUUGCAGAUGGAAGUCAAGGUGGUACUACUAUGAAGGAUGAUAAGUUAAUAUUAAGCCAUCAAAGAAAUAUUCUUAAAGUUUGUAACUAUUUACUCUUAGCUUAAGAAACUUCACUUUGUAUUAGAAAUUAUCCUCUCGCAAAAAGAUUAGCUACUGAGUAAUACAACUAGAUAAUUGAACUACUGUAAAUGCAAACAAAGACAACUAGUAUAUUCCAUAUCUUACUGAAGAUUUAAAUCCUCAUAACUGAAAUACCAAGACAAUACUGGGACAGAAAUUUAAGAAUUUUGUCUUCUAAAAUUACUUAUGAAAUCUGUAAGCUUUCUCUAUAGUUCAAUGAAGUUAAUUUAGGAAAAAGAGUACUUUAUGCAGAAUCGAAAUUGUUUAACAGAAAGUGGUAUGCAUUUAGUAAAAUAAUUGAAGUAAUUGAGGAAUCUGAAGUUUAGCAAAAAGAUGGCGAUGCUGCAAAGAAAGCUGCUGCUGCCAAAAAGGAUACUAAAAAGCCUGCUAAUAAAAAGGAUGAUAAAAAAGAUGUAUAAGACGCUGUAAAUCAAGCUGAUCAAAUUUAAAAACAAAAGACUGUGAAAAAAUUGAUUCGUGAGCUUUUCGAAACAUAAACAACUGUAUAGAAUUUCCUUGAGGAAGCCUUACUAAGUUUCCCAGAAGAUUAUGGUGAUUAUGUGCAAAGAUUUAUUGAUCGCUGGAAAGAAAUGAUUGAAGGAUAUUUACCCUUUGUUGAAAAUAGUUAAGAAGAUAAGGACAGAAUGAUCUAAAAUUUAUCUUAGCACUUUGAUUACUGGGAAUGCUUUAAAGAUUUGAAAUCUGCUUUUGUUGGUAAAGUACAAGCUAAUUUCAAAACUAAUCCAAGAUAUUUAGAAAUAUGUUGCAAGCUUUUCCGCAGAAUGUUAGAGGCAGGUUUUUCAGCAAACUACGUCAGCAAUUGUAUAGCUUAAGUUACAGUAGAUCCUGCAAGUUUAUCUGACGCAUUUAAUUUAGCUAAAGAUAUAAAAGAUCUCAAAAUAAAAGCAAUUGAAAAUAACAUAGAAUGGUAUCCUGCAAUUUUAAAUUAUCUCAUAAUGGAAAAGUAAACUAAUAAAUAAGGAGAAGAUACAGCUAUAGAAAUAUUUUAACAAUAUUUCUCAAAACUUGAAGAAUUACACUCUUAUCUCUACAAAGAAGAGAUGCUUGAACUUUAUGGAGUUUAAUAUCAAAACACUAACAAUGCUGUUACUCCUAUGUAGUCAUAGCAAAAUAUACCUACUAAUUAAAUAUCAUAUUUUAUUUCUCUUCAUUAGCGCUUUUAAUAUUUGAAUUUAUGGCACUAUGAAUUUAACUUCUUAAAAGCUUUAACUACAUUCAUUAAGCAUCGCUAAUAUGACCCAGAGCCUUAAAAGAACGAUACCGAACCUAAAUUGAUAACAAUCAAUGAUUCAAAGGAGAUGACAAGAGAGAUCUACUACAACGUGUUCUUACUUGAUGUCAAUAAAAUAGAAACUCAAAUAACUCAAAUUAAAAAGAAUCCUCAGUCAGUAUAAGAAGAUGAAAAGGCUUUUAUAAAAAAUAUGGAAUAAGUGUUUGAACAUCUUAGCUUAGCAGUCAUUCAUGCUACAAAUGCAAAAGCCUGGCUAAGUGUGCAAAACAUAGCAAUUUACAUAUACAAUAUUCUUGUAUCUGAAAUGGUUAACCCUUUUAUUAGUCAAGGAAAUAAAAUUUGGAUUAAUUUAUCAAUUGUCAGCUAUUGUUUAAUAGAGCUGCUUUCAAAUGUCAAAAAGGAAGGACUUUACUCUUUGAGACAUAAAUAAACACAGAAUUAGAAGGUGCCUCUAGAAACACGUCAAUCUAUGCGUUAUCAAGGACAGGAUGGAAAAACUUCUCGCGUUUAAUUUGAAGAUGAACAAGAUUUAAAGGUAAAAUACGGAGGAGCAGCCAUUCAUUAAGUUGAUAUCAGCAACCCAAAUUCAUAUAUUUUACCUAAGUUAGAUUAAAUAAUAAGCUCAAAGGAGUUUUGGUUUGAUAAUGAAAAGGAUUUAAAUAUUGAAGUUCUAGCUAAUGUUGUUGCAUUUACUACUCAGGUAUUAAUGGUAGAGUAAAAAUGGAAUGUUCUCAUUGGUAUAACUCGCUCUUUUUGCAAUGACUCUUAGCAUUAUUAUAGCAAAUAUAUUCUUCCCUUUACAAAUUAUGCAUAAAAGAAAAUAUAUAAAGAAGCUAAUUUAAGAACAAUAGCAAAGAUUAAUGAGCUUGCUGAGGAAGAGCGCUUAUAUAAUGAAUGGAAAAAAGGACGUCGCAAAACUCGUGCUGCAAUGAUGACUGGAGAAAUCCCACCAGAGUAGAUUAAAUUCGAAAAUACUAAAAAGGAAUUAGAAGAAUAAAUAAAACUUCUGAAGUAAAAAGAAGAUUUUAUAUUAGCUGAAAUGAAUCUCAGCUCUAAUCUCAUACAAUAAGUUGGAGAAAUGAAUGAAGCUCUUAAGCUUCUUCAGCAAGUUCGCUUAGAUCUUAGAAAUUUUGGAAAUGAACUUAAGGUAUAAAAUAUUGGAAAAUUCAUUGAAGAUAUCUUCCCAAGAGAGGAAGGAUAUUUCAAGAAAAAUAUAACAAAGGUACAAAACUCUCAGUUCCAAGAAACAUUCUAAAAGAUCUUAAAACUUCUUCAAUCAAAAUCUGAAAAAACUUUUGCUAUCACUUUAGCAAAGAAAGAAUUUGGUAAUUUGAAAUUCUCUUAGUCUUAAACUAAUCCUACAGGAGAUGAUAUGUGGAAGGAAGCUGUGGAUAAAAUAUUUAAUAAUUCUUCAAGCUUGAAAGAAUAUAGAUUAAAAGUCCGUGAUGAAAGUAAGACUAUAGCUCGUCAAAUAGGUAUAACUGAAAUGCUAGUUGGUUCAAAUAUAAUUUGUAAUUUAGGCUAUAUUUUCUAUUUCAAGCAAUUAAAUUAAAUGAGAGAUGCCACACUUCUUGCAGCUGAAAUGGUAUUUUCUAUUUUCCGCAUAAGCUUACCUCAUCCUUUGAUAGCUGUAGAAUAUGGUACUUAUCGUCUCAGAGAAUUAUGCUUAAAAGAAAAUAUUUUUAAAGAUCCAUGGACUCUUGACCCUGUAGAAACUUUGCUAUCAAUGGAGAGACUUGCUUGGAAUUUGAUUGAUAAUGAAAUGAGUUUAAAAGCAUUACCUCCUUUGUGUCUUAUGGAUUACAUUGCAACAGACGUUUGCUAGAGUGCCUUUUACUCUGUCAGAGCAAAGAUAAUGAAAUCUAUAGCUUUAGCCAACAUAGGAUAUAUCAACGAGAGUUACUUUUAGCUUUAAAAAGUUAUAAAAGAGAAAGAUCUUCCUCUUCGUUGGUUAAAACCCACUGAAUACUUGAUGAGAGAAAGAGGAAACAACUGGUUCCCAGAAGGUGAAGGAUUCAACAAUUCAUCUCAUCCCUAUCAAGAGAAGAACAGAGAAAUCAUUGAAAUACUAGCUGGAAAAGAAAAAUCUGAAUCAGCACCUCAAAAAGGUGAUGCAAAGGGAGAUUAAAAUGCAAACAAAGGAGAUUUAAUGCCUAAAAAUUUCCACAUUAAAUAUGGGUAAUUAAAUGUAAAUCUUUUCUAGUAUGCUAGAGCUAAUCUAUUGUUUGCCGUAAACGAAAAUGAAAUCUUUGAAAACUUUGAGCUUAAUCAAAUUAGAAAUGAAUACUUAAAGUAAAGCGAAAACUAGCUGAGAAAAUUGUUAAAAAAGAUAUCAUUUGAAGAGGAAAUCGGUUUAAUUGACUGGUAAAUUGAGAAAUAUACUUAUUAUCUUUAAAAUCAUAGUGGUUCAGGAAAAGAUUAGUAGAGUGAAUAAAAUGCAGAGAAUACACUCAACAAACUUAAAUAAGAAAGAAGAGAGCUAUUUGCCAAGAGAGAAAUAGACAAGAAAGAUGAAGAAGAGUACUUGAAAAAUAAAGAAGAAUCUCUUGAUUAUGUGAAUAAGAGAGAAGAAAGACUAACUAUGAUGUGUAGAUCUCGUUUCUUAAUACACAAAAUUAACUAAGCAUAAAAUUUGUUUACUCGUUGUUACCAUAUUCUCAGUUAUGGAAUUAGCAAUCUAUUUUAGUACUGCAAUGAAUAUAGAUACGUUGAGAGUGGUGAAGAAUAAGAAAAUUUAGAUUUGGAUAACAUCAAACUUUAAGAAGAGGCUGUUGCUGGUUAACCUGCUAAAGGAGGUAAAAAUGCUGCUCCUCCUAAAAAGGAGCCUCCUGCUGAAAAGAAAGACUAGAAGAAGGGUGGAAAACCUGAAAAAGUCGAUUUAUAACAGGAAGCCAAUAAAUAACAAGAAGAAAAGAAGAGAAGAGAGGAACUAGAAAAGGAAAGAUCUGAUAUGCUUAAGAAGGCAGAAGAAAGGAAAUAUAGAAGACAUUUAAGUGUUUUCUGGUGGAUAAAGUUAAGGACAGAAAUGUGCUUGGUCUUAUUUAAGCAAAAUCGCCUUUAAGAUUGUGAAACUCUAAUAGAAAUAACAAAGAAAGACUGCACAUAAGUCAAAGAUUACUAUUAUUAUGACUUACUUGAGCAGCUUACUGCAAGACUACUUGUGAAGAAAGGAAAGAUUUCUGAAGCAAAUAAAAAGUUUGAAGAAACAAAAAUUCAUUUAGAAAAGAAUAGCCUUAAUGACACUCCUGAAUAUGUCAUAUUUUUAGGUGAUUUCGGUGAGCUAGUGUAUGAAAGAGGGUUCCACUAAGGUGCAUUAAAUCUCUUUAAGGAAGCUAUGCAAGUGGCUGAAAAGCUUCUUGAAGAAAUUAGUUAUGAUUAUUAACUAUAAAAUGCAAAUAAAAAAGCAUUUGAUGAUGGGGUAUAAAUUUGCACUGAAUUGCAGCUCCCUUCUGAAAUUGAAGAAGAAAUCCUUAAAAAAACAGACAGAUUACUACUAAAUACAAAAGGUGCAAAUGCAGCUGCUGCUAAAAAAGAUGUCAAAAAAGGUAAAGAAGAUCCUAAAGCUAAAAAAAAUGAUAAGAAAGGAGCAGUUAAGGUUGAAGAAGUAAAGCCUGAUAUGAAAGUUGAUCCUUUGAAUCCCAUUCCUCAAUACGAUUUAAUGAAAGAAGUUAAAUACACCUAUGCAAAUUUAGAUAUUGAAAUUUUGAAUAACACUAAGCAUAUAUACAAUAGCUAUAUAAAAAAUGUAGCACUUUACAUGAGAGCUUGUUUGAGAUACGUAAACUGCUACUUUACACUUUACACUAUUGGUAGUGAAUUAGAUGAAAAUGUGUUAGAAAUUCUCAAAAAACUCGAAAAGAUCAAUGAGUUAAGCAUAAACUUUAUCAUCCCUAUUUCCUUCCGUAUUGAACUGUAGUAUUUGUUUGCACUUUAUCACAAAUACUCAUUCUAUAGAGAAAUCUACAAGAUUUAAGGAGAGUAUAUUAAGAAGUAUGUUGAGGGCAAAAAGAGCAGUGACGAAGAAAAGAGAGAAAUAGUAAAGAAGUAUAGAAAACUCGCCACAAAGAAACCUCAUAGAGACAUUUGCAGAAAUAAGUACUUAGUAGAUGUUCCCAAUUUCUCUCAGCUCCUAAAAGAAUCUUUGAUUGGAUAUUUAGAUGAAUCUCAGCGUCGUCUUGACUCUGCCCUUUCAAUUUUAGGGAGAGGAGAAUGUUUAUUUUUGGAAUUCAAUAGAUUAAGUGAAGAUAUUUUCCUUGAAAACUCUGAGAUAUCAUUGUUAAAGAGAGAAUACAAACCUAGAAUAGGAUAUAAAUAUUUUGAUUUAUCAGAAAUACAACAGCUAUAUGAGAUUAUAAAUAAAGAUAAACAAGAGAAUUUAAUUAGCUAAGAAAUAGAAUCACUUAAUAAAAAUGACUAAAGCGAAUCGCAUAAACUAGAAUAGGAAGCAUUUAAAUAUUUGAAACACUCAAUAAAAGUCUCAGAUCUGAAGUUUAAAUUAAAAGAAUUUUUCACAGAAGAAGCAAAGCAGCCUUUGACUAGUGUUGAAAAACUUCCUUUGGAUAUUUACUUUGACGUUAUUGAAAGCGAUUAUCUUUACAAAAAAGAUUAUAAUAUGGUAGCAAACGAAGGAGUUGUCUUAUUUGAUGAAACAAAAAAGAAAAGCACUGUGAACACAGUAGAUUUAUUAAUGCAAUUAGUUAAGCUUCAAAGAGAGGCUUAGAUUUUCACAUUCAACAAUCCAUACAUCUAAAACAAAAUUUCUAAACUUCACAGAUUCUUGAAAUAGUCUUUCCCUAAUUACUUAAGCUAAUACAUCAUUUAAAGCAUCGAAACUUACACAAUAAAUCCAGGAAACAUACUUGUUAAAAGUAUUUAUUAUCGCGAAGCAUAAGAAUACAAAUUCCUUUAUAUCCUUGGCCCUCUUGAUAAAACAAAGAUUGUAAAUGUUGACCAAGAAAGUAUAAAUAAAAUAAUUAUUAAUGAAGAAAAAGAUGUUCUUUAUGGUUCUAUUUAUAUGAGCGAAGUUGAAUUAGACAACUUGUUCUAGAGAAGUUUAGAUUUAAAGACAAAUAUGACUGAGUCUGACAAAAAAUCUCAAGCAGCAAAAGAAAGAGAUUAUAAAUCACACAAGAAAAACUUUAGAAAAUUAAUAGAAGAUUUUGGAUCAUAUUUCUUCCAAAAAGACGAUAGUACCUCAGAUUAUUCUCAUUAGCAGCUUCAAAGGAACGUUUCCUUCAAAGAAUCAGAAGGAGAAGAAACAGAUUAUUUAGGAAAAUAUGAAGUGCUUGUUCCCGAACUUACUCAUGAUAGCAUAAAGAUAUUUAUUGAUUUAUUUAAUUUUAUUGGAUUAGAUUGCUAAAAUUAAAAUGUGCUUGGAAUAUUUAGAUAUUUCCAUCAUUAAAAAUACUAAUGA